AGAUUUGAUUUCAAAAGCAAAAAAGGAACAACACAAGAACAAAGAUCGAAAGGGUUUUCAAUGAAGCUUGCUCUCGAUUAACAAAGGUAAAAUUAAGUCGCCAAACCCUAAUUUUUACAUCUUCUUCUCCGCUGUGAUAAACCCUAAACUUCACCAACGCGGCUUGACUGAGCGAGUCCUACUCGUUCUACUCGACCGAGUUUGAGAGCUGGAGUCUUGGUGAAUGCCAACAUUAUCCUUGAUGGAUAUAAUUGACAAGAAUUCUGUUUGGUAGAUCAACUUUGCUCAUGGCCCCGACAAGAAAGUCUAGAAGUGUGAAUAAGCGGUAUUCCGACUAUGUUGAGGUAUCUCCCAGUAAAAGUGUUGCCAACAAAUCAGGACGACAGAAGAGGAAGCUUUCUGACAUGAUAGGAUCUCCAUGGACCGAUGAAGAGGUUGAACGCUUCUAUAAAGCUUAUAGGAAGUAUGGAAAAGACUGGAAAAAGGUGGCUGCCAUGGUGCGUACAAGGAACUCUGUAAUGGUGGAGGCUCUCUACACAAUGAAUAGGGCAUAUUUAUCUUUGCCGGAGGGAACAGCAUCUGUGGUUGGGUUCAUUGCAAUGGUGUCUGACCAUUAUAAUGCCCUGGAAGGAAGUAAUAGUGAUCAUGAUGACAAUGAAUUUCCCAAGUUAAUACCCAAGCCUAGAAAACGUAGCCAUGGAUUAUUUCAGCAAAAUGGGGGUGAAGAUCAAUUGCAAUCCAGGCUAGCUGGUUCAAGUGAUAGGCCUAUGUCACAACUGAAGAGAAGGGAAUCUGAUGGAUGUACCGUUCGGAAAAGGACUCCUCGCUUUCCUAUUAACCAUUCAUCUAGAAGAGACAACAGCGGAUUUUAUGUCUCGCCAUACAAAAGAAGCCAAAAGAGAGAGGUUGAUGACGUUGCACAUGGUGCUGCAUUGGCAUUAACAGAGGCUUCACAAAGAGGAGGCUCCCCACAGGUUUCUCAAUCACCAUACAGAAUUGACCGCAUGAAAACCACACCUUUGAAGGGCAGGCAAAAAACUUUGGACACUGCCAGAACCAAGCUACAUGGUAAUUUGAUUGAUGAAGACUGUUUUGAGGGCAGUUCAGGAAGUGGAGGAGCUGAAAAUGGAGCAUAUCCCAGAGAUGCUAGCAUAUUCAUGGAUACUGAAAAUGUUGCUGCUGAAGAUGUUCACCAGAAAGGGAGAAAGUUUUAUAGCCAGAAAGACGAUAAUGAAUUUGAUGAUGGCGGAGAAGCAUGUAGCGGUACAGGAGAAGGACUUGCUGUUGGUAGCAUCGGCGGGAAAUUUGAUAUUGAGGUUGCAGAUGAAAAUAUUGAGCAAUCCUCGUCCCAGGGUAAAAGAAAAAGGAACAAAAAGCUUUACUUUAGAGAUGAAACUUCUGGCUUGGAUGCACUGCAAACGUUGGCUGACUUGUCGCUGAUGAUACAAUCAUCAAAAGUAGAUUCUGAGUCGCCUGUAUUGAAAGAGGAUAAGCCACCAACUGGUAUAAGUGACAACAAUGUCUCUGGGAGACCCGGGUCUAAUGGUCAUCGGAGACACAAAACUAAAAUGUCUGUUGACAAAGAGAAAUUAUUGAAUGAGUUUCCUAGAGCUGAUGCUUCUAAAUCUGGAAAGUCUAAACCGGGAAGGGAAUCAAAAGUUGAUUAUAAGGCUUUAUCUGAAGGAAAACAGCUAGAUCAGUCUAUCAAUAAAUCAUGGAAAAGAAAAAACAAAUCCUCAUCGUUUGAGGCCCUUUUCAAUGAUGAAGAAAAAUGUGCAAGUAAACCCUUAUGUGCCAACCAAGAUAAUGUUCCUUCAAAAAAUUGUAAGUCUACAAGACUUGUGGAGUAUUCUUCUUCAAAUAGUAAUACGUCAAGGACAGGAGCUGAUUCAGCAGUAUCAACAGCACUGCUUCCGGCAUCUGAUGGUGUUGAUUUGCCAUUCAAACGACGAAAUAAACGUAAGGUGGAUCCAAAUAGAAUAUCAAACCAUGGUGAGAUGAAAUUGGCAAAGAUUAAUUUAAAAGAUCAACCAAAUAAAAAGAUUGAGCCCCAAGAGGGGACGCUCUACUUAAAGGAUAAGGCUUUUUGUUGCCUUUCAUCUUGUAUGGUACGUAGAUGGUCCACCUACGAGUGGUUCUAUAGUGCAAUUGACUACCCCUGGUUUGCUAAAAGGGAAUUCGUGGAGUACUUGAAUCAUGUUGGGCUGGGGCACAUUCCAAGACUAACCAAGGUUGAGUGGGGUGUCAUAAGAAGUUCUUUGGGCAAGCCCAGAAGGUUCUCAAGGAAUUUCUUGCAUGAAGAAAGAGAAAAGCUUUGGCAAUAUCGGGAAUCUGUGCGGAAGCAUUAUACUGAGCUUCGAAGUGGUAUUAGGGAAGGAUUACCAACAGACUUGGCACGGCCAUUGUCGGUAGGGCAGCGAGUGAUUGCCCUUCAUCCAGAAUCAAGAGAAGUUCAUGAUGGAAGUGUGCUAACUGUUGAUCAUGAUAAGUGCAGGAUUCAGUUUGACCGUCCCGAGUUAGGGGUUGCAUUUGUCAAGGAUAUUGAUUGUAUGCCCUUAAACUUGUUGGAUAACAUGCCUGAAGCUCUGAGGAGAGAAAGCAGUGCACUAUAUAGGUUUUCUAUGAACUCUGGAGAGCCAAGGUUACCACAAUCAGCUACCGGAUCAUCGAUGUUAUACACUUCGAGGGAGCAUUUCGAACAGAGUCCUACCAUUGCUUUGAUGAGUCAGCGACCGGGACAUAAUGGGUCUGGUGCACCUGCUAAAGCUGAGGACAAUGUCAUUUCACAGCAUGCACCUAAUGCUCCUCCUUGUUCAGUCUCUCAAAUCCAGGCGAAAGAAACCGAUAUACGCGCUCUUUCUGAGCUUACUCGUGCUCUUGAUAAGAAGGAAGCAAUAUUGGCGGAGCUUAAGCUUGUAAAUGACGGUUUGAUGAGUCACGAAAAUGAGACAGGCAUUGCCAUGAAGGUAUCUGAAAGCUUCAAAAAGGAAUAUGCAAUGGUACUAUUACAGCUCAAGGAAGCCAGCGAUCAGGUUUCUUCUGCUCUUCUUAACUUAAGGCAACGUAACACAUACCCAGGAAAUCCUUUGCCUCCUUGGCAGAAGCUCCAUUCUAGUUCCAGUGGCAUUAUUGGCCCUACGAGUUCUGCUGACAAUUUUCCAUCGAAUAAUCAGUUAGCACCUAGUGUUGUUGAAAUUGUUAAUAAUUCAAGACUUGAAGCACAUAAACUUGUACAUACUGCCGUGCAGGCAAUGUCUAAAAUAAAGGUGGAGCAAAAUGUUCUUUCAAGUGUUGUAGCAGUUCUAGAUUCUCUGGGUGUGGGCAAAAACCCCAUUGAAUAUGGGUCAUCAACAAUCAGACAUUCAGAGCAACCUAACGGGGGCACAUAUAAGCACAAAUUGAAUUGUACCCCAGAUACUUCACUAAACAAUCAUGCAUCCGAUUCUAAGUUGCAGCGUGAGUCUGAUGAAACUGAAGCAACAAUCCCCUUUGAGCUUAUCGUGUCUUGUGUUGCUACAUAUCACAUGAUACAGAUGUGUACUGAACGACAAUACCCACCAGCUGACGUGGUUCAGAUGCUGGAUUCUGCUUUUACAAACUUGCAUCCACACUGCCCUCAAAACCUUCCAAUAUUUAGAGAGAUACAAAUGUGCAUGGGAAGAGUUAAAACUCAGAUACUUGCUCUUGUUCCAUCCUAAGCAAGUUUCCAGGUUCCUUUCAUGUACUAGUAUCUCUUCUCUUCAUCAUUAUACGAUUAUUACUACAACUAUACUAUACUUGAGGAUAUGUUGUCUUUAUCUAAUAAUUGUUACUUAUACAGAAGCUAGGCUCUGGAUAUUAUGUCUUAACUUGAACUUUAGGACAUUGUAAUAACCAAUCUAGCAGUUUGAGGUCUACCAAUUUAGUUACCUUUUUCUA